AUGGAAUCCACUGGUCAAUAUAUACUAUGGGAAAACCACACUACAGUGAUGGAAUUCAUUCUACUUGGUUUUUCUGCAUUUCCUAAACUUCAGGGAUUUCUUUGUGGGGUAGUUUUAAUCAUCUACACAACGGUUUUGAUGGGAAAUAGCCUCAUAAUCAUAAUAACUAAGGUUGAUGCUUCCCUUCAGACCCCGAUGUAUUUUUUCCUUGGGAAUUAUUCUUUCUUGGAAAUAUGUUAUGUAUCAGUGACUGCCCCCAGAUUACUAACAGAUCUUCUUCAACUAAACAGAAGUAUUUCAUUUACGGCCUGUGCUAUACAAAUGUAUUUUUUUCUGGUAUUUGGGGCUACUGAGUGUUUUAUUCUCACUGCCAUGGCUUAUGACAGGUAUGCUGCCAUUUGCAACCCAUUACUCUACCAUCUCAUCAUGAACAAUAGGCUGUGUGUUCGAUUGGCAACACUCUGUUGGUUCAGUUCAAUUCCAAUUCACAUUGGUUUUGUCUACCGUAUCUUCUCUUUGACCUUUUGUAGUUCUAACCAGAUAAAUCAUUACUUCUGUGACAUCCCAGCAGUAAUGAAACUUGCUUGUGGGGACAUACUUAUGACUAAGACAUUGCUUUAUGUACUUACUCUUGUUGUUAUCGUCACUCCUUUUAUAUUGAUACUGGGAUCAUAUGUGAAAAUCAUUUCCACUAUUCUGAAGCUGCCAUCAGCAACUGGGAGAGCCAAGGCCUUCUCUACUUGUUCUUCUCACCUCACUGUUGUGAUUUUGUUCUUUGGAUCAGGCAGCAUAGUAUAUUUAAAACCAAUUUCCAGUCCUUCCACUGGGAUCGAGAAAAUCUUUUCCUUAAUAUAUACCAUUGUUAUACCCAUGUUUAACCCCAUGAUAUAUUGUCUGAGAAAUAAAGAUGCUAUGGCGGCACUAAAGAAAUUACUACUGAAAUGCAAUGAUUCAAAGACAUAA